AUGUCACUAGCCGGCAAAGUCGCGAUCGUUACCGGGGGAGCCCGUGGGAUUGGUAAAGGUAUCGUCCUGACCUUGGCGAAACAAGGUGCAAAGGUCGCUUUCACCUACAUAUCGGCGUCGUCAGCAACACAUGCAAAAGAUCUUGUACGCCAAAUCGAAUCACUUGGCUCAUCAGCCCACGCAAUCCAGGCCGAUGCUGCCUGUCUCUCCUCGCCAGCGGCGGUCAUCUCCUCUACUCUGGCCGCCUUCAAGGUCUCCCACCUCGACAUCCUCGUCAACAAUGCGGGGCUUGGGUCUGCAGGCACGCGCAUCGAAGAAAUAACGAGCGACGAGUUCGAAAAGAUAAUGGCGGUAAAUGUUCGUGCCGUCAUUUUCAUGACCCAGGCGUUUAUUCCUUAUGUUCGGCCAGGCGGACGUAUUGUCAACUUGUCAUCUAUUUCAGCGAGGGGCGGGUUUGCCACCCAGUCCGUCUAUUCGGCGUCAAAGGCCGCCGUCGAAGCCCUGACCCGCGUUUGGGCAACAGAACUGGGCCAUAAAUACAACGUAACCGUCAAUGCAGUCAAUCCGGGACCUGUAGACACGGACAUGUACCGAGCAGCCGGGGAAGUACAUCUAGCCCGGAUGGAGGAGCAGAACAAGAAGACACCGGCAUCUCCAAGAGCAGGCACCGAGAACGACGUUGCAGAGAUCGUAGGAUUCCUCUGCGAGGAUCGAUCGAGAUGGGUCACCGGGGAUGUUGUCUGUGCCAAUGGCGGCAUGUUAUAUACCUGA